AUGGCUUCAGAGAUAACCUAUGCUGAAGUGAAAUUCAAAAAUGAAUCCAAGACUUCUGGUGCCAACCCAGGAUCUCCUGCAGCUCUGGAAGAGAAGACCAGCCCUCACAAAAGUAAACCUGGUUUCCACAAGCAGCUUUUUGCUUCACUGCUGAUACUUCUGCUGCUAUUGGCAAUCUCAUUUUUUAUUGCUUUUGUCAUUUUCUUUCAAAGAUAUUCUCAGCUUUUCAAAGAAAAACAGAAUCUACACAAAAUGGUUCAUCAAAAUAUUAUGUGUAAGAAAGAAAAUUUGAUUACUGAAGAAAAAAUGUGGGGCUGCUGUCCAGAACAUUGGAUGGACUCUAAUACGAGCUGCUACUUUAUUCCUGCUGAAUCCAAAACUUGGACUGACAGUAAGAAGAAAUGCACUGAGAUGGGAGCUCAUCUGCUGGUGAUCAAUAGCAGGGAGGAGCAGCAAUUCAUCAGCAAGACACUGAAGAAAUAUACUGCUUACUAUGUGGGGCUGUCAGAUCUAGAAAGAAAGAAUCAUUGGCAAUGGAUAGAUCAGUCACCCUAUGAUGAAAAUGCUGUAUCUUGGCAUUCUGGUGAACCCAAUGAUUCUAAUGAGCAUUGUGUUUUACUAAAUUAUCGUAAUUCAAAUCAGGAUGGAGUCUGGGGCUUGAAUGAUGCCAAUUGUGAAAUCCCUCAAAGCUCAAUUUGUGAGACAAUGAAGCUCUACUUAUGA